AUGGACAUCUUCAAUACAUGCACUCGUGGACCUACAACAAUUAUCAAACCUUUCCUAGGAUGUCAUUGGUUGUUAAUCUUGACUUUCAUCUGGCUCCAACACAUCCAAUGCGCUUCAAUCGGUAGAAUCGGGACAGUAAAUUCAACUGCGUCUGACGACCGCCCACCUAUCAAGUUGUGCUCCGGCAAGAUUUACGUGGUAGGAGACAGUGUUCUGCAUGCUUUGGAGACAUAUGUAAUCGAAGGGGCUCUCAUAGAGCAACCUCUCUCACUCUUUCGAACUCGGGUUCAUGAGGAGCCUAUCAAAUUCUUUUGGACGGAAAACUCCAACAGUCAUUACGGUCAUCAGGCUGGACUUAGCUUUGGUCUAGUAGCGUGGGUCCCCCUUGUAAUUUUUUCCUCGACUCGUCCAGAGACUCAGUGGUGUUUACAGGAUGCUAGUCAAAGGCAAGCAUGCGAUGAUCUAGCAGAUCGCUUGGCGGCUCAGGUCAAGGAGGUUGGAGCAGAUCCAGUGACUCGACAAUGGAAUUUCGCGAUUCAGGAGUUGAUUGGAUCAUAA